AUGCCCCGGUCCAGCUUCUCAGAUAACCCUAUCCUCAGGGUCUCGCGGCCAGUAUCUGCCUGCUCGAGAUGCCGCUCUGCCAAAGUGAAGUGCGAUGGCAAGCUGCCGGCAUGUACGGCAUGCGAAAAGGCCGGUCGCGAGAGUGAGUGCUCGGCAGCAAACAGUCAGUUUGCGCGGGGGAAGGAGAGAAGCUAUGUCGCCGCGUUGGAGCUCAGGAUAGAGAAGCUGGAAAAGCGACUGCAAUAUGCUCGCUCGCGCAAGGCUUCGGUAGCACAGCAUGAUCCCGAUGCUCCUCCUGCCGUUGAUCCCGGCCGGAAAGACUCCCUGGCCUUCAUCCGAGCCGCCAUCCACCGCAAGGCUGCCCGGACCCGAGAAAACGCCGAUGUUAACUCGUUGGUGUCAGACUUUGGCUACCUAUCAGUCAAUGCCACGACGCAAGACUUUGAGCCAUCCGAGUUGAAUAUGACCUUUGCACGCCUAGUCCUGGCGGCCUCGACCAACGACCCGGUACCGGAGCCGAAGGGCACCGGUCUGCCGGCGGAACACGCUACAAGAGCCUUGAUACAGUUCUAUGAGGCUAACAUCCUUCCCCUUUACCCUGCUUUUUCCAUCGUUUCUCUGUACUCAGUCGUCGACCGCCUCUACCAAGAAAUUCCGGGCCCUCUCCGAAAUUCUGAGUAUUGGUUGUUCUGGAUGGUUCUUGCCAUCUCAUCCGCAGCCCAGAGCCGGAGCAUGCGAGACAAGAGCUAUCUAGAUGCGCUCGAGUUUGUGGGCCGCGCGUUGCCGCAUGCGGACCGGGCACUGACGCCGGGCUACGCCGCUCAGCUUCAAUCGCUGAUACUUCUCACCCAGUAUUCCAUGCUUGACCCGACGCACUUCAGCAGCUGGCACCUCAUAGGCUUCACGUGUCGCGCCGUCGUUGACCUGGGAUUCCACCAGGAUUUACCCUACAUGCAACCGUCCGAUUUGGAGGCGCGCCGGAGGACCUUCUAUUGUGUUUAUGCCCUGGAUAGGGCGAUAAGCAUGGUUCACGCCCGGGCUUUCUCCUUUUAUGAUGACGCCGUGUCGGUAGCUCUACCAUCGCCAACCAAGCCAUGCGGACCUCUCUCCACCAGUGAUCCGACAGUCAAAGUACCCCUAGACGCAUCUGUUCCUCUCUUCAGGCUGCGCCAGUUGCAGUCUGGCUGGUAUCAAACGCUAUUUCAAAGCGAUCCAACCGACCCCCUGCCCGACGCUAACUCAUAUAUAUGGCAAGUGUGCUCCGAGAUGCGAAAAUGGUCCGAGGGACUCCCCGACAACGUGCCGAUUCGAAUCCGGGAGAUGCUAGACCUGGAGCUGCGCUACAGCUACGUGUACUGUAUCGCGCCUAGCGCUAGGGCUCCCCACGUAACCCCGUAUGGGAGGGUGUUAAUCUUUGAACAUGUCAUUGCAUGCGUCAACAGGAUAUACGAUAUCGCGAAUGGUGCGGUAAACACGGCGUUCUACACUUAUCACGACGCGCUAAGAGUCUUCUUCAUGGGCUCACAGUUCGUCGCGGCCCUGCGGGAUGGAGGUGAUUCCCUGCUGUCCGGGUCGCCCAUUCCCAUGCCUCUAGCAAUGCCCGGAACGGCGUCUCCGCCACCGCUACCCCAAAGGCUAGACCGGGAUGUCGGCGACAACCUUGACCGCAGUAUCCGGUGUUUGGCAAGAGUGCGUCUCACGCUGAAGCUGUACGGCGACCGAUGGGAGAAUGCAUCGUCGCUCAUGGAUACCUUUGAGGCCAUGUCUGCGGAUUUGCUGGAGAGUCUCAAAUCCAGACAGGCCAUGAGAGACGCCGCGGCGACUACACAGGCUGGUGGGUUUGUUGCUUAG